GCUCCGCUCUCGGGAGCGGCGGCCGCGGCGGAGGGACGAUGGACAGCGAGUUCUCGGACGCGGAGGCGGGCCCGGGGGGGGAGGAGAACGCGCCGGUUUAUUGCGUCUGCCGCAAACCCGACAUCAACUGCUUCAUGAUCGGGUGCGACAACUGCAACGAGUGGUUCCACGGCGACUGCAUCAACAUCACGGAGAAGAUGGCCAAGGCCAUCCGGGAGUGGUACUGCCUCCAGUGCCGCGGUGAGACCCCCGCCACGGCCUCCCCCCCUUUUUUUGGGGGGGGGGUGGUGUCCCUGGGUGCCUGGGUCCCCGUUUUGGGGCUGCUGGACACCCAGAUCAAGCGCUCGGCCCGCAUGUGUGGGGAGUGCGAGGCGUGUCGGCGCCCCGAGGACUGCGGGCAGUGCGACUUCUGCCGCGACAUGAAGAAGUUCGGGGGCCCCAACAAGAUCCGCCAGAAGUGCCGGCUGCGGCAGUGCCAGCUGCGCGCACGCGUGACAUGUAUAGUCACCCCAAGGGGUGUUUUGAACCCGUUUGGGCACCCCGAGGCGUGUUUUGAAGCGUGUUUUCCCGUGUCGGGAGGUGCCGGGGGGGUGCUGAGGCGUGUUCUUGGCGUGUCCCCGCCGCAGCCGUGGCUCAGCGACCCCGAGGACGCCCCGUUCCUGGACCCCGUCCUGCGCAAACGCGCCGUCAAGGUCAAACACGUCAAGCGCCGGGACAAGAAAUCCGACAAAAAGAAGGAGGAGCGGUACAAGCGGCACCGGCAGCGGCCGCGGCACCGGGAGCGGAGCCGGCACCCGGAGCGCCCCGACGCCCGCGACCCCGCGGGGCUGGGCCAGUGCCUGGGCCCCGGCUGCACCCGCCCCGCGCGGCCCCCCUCCAAGUACUGCAGCGAGGCCUGCGGCGUCAAGCUGGCCGCCAACCUUGGGGGCUACUGGGAUUCACUGGGAGGGCUUUUAGGAGAUUAUGAUGGGCACUGGGAUGUCCUGGGGGCUACUGGGAGUCACUGGGAGGGCUACUGGGAGAAGGAGGAGCGGUACAAGCGGCACCGGCAGCGGCCGCGGCACCGGGAGCGGAGCCGGCACCCGGAGCGCCCCGACGCCCGCGACCCCGCGGGGCUGGGCCAGUGCCUGGGCCCCGGCUGCACCCGCCCCGCGCGGCCCCCCUCCAAGUACUGCAGCGAGGCCUGCGGCGUCAAGCUGGCCGCCAAAUCCUAUGGGCCCUCCUGGGACUCUACAGAUCCUAUAGGCACCUCUGGCACCCUGUGGAACCCUAUGGGACCCUAUAGAUCCUAUGGGCACCCCUGGGACCCUAUGGGACCCUUUGGGAAGAGCACGGAGGGUGACAGCGAGGACACGGACCUGCAGAUCUUCUGCGUCUCCUGCGGCCACCCCAUCAACCCCAAGGUGGCCCUCAGGCACAUGGAGCGCUGCUACGCCAAGGUGCCGGCGGACGAGGUGUGCGGGUGCCCCCUGGUGCGGGACGUCUUCGAGCUGACGGGGGACUUCUGCCGCGUCCCCAAGCGCAAGUGUCACCGUCACUACUGCUGGGAGAAGCUGCGCCGCGCGGAGGUGGACCUGGAGCGCGUCCGCGUGUGGUACAAGCUGGACGAGCUGUUUGAGCAGGAGCGGAACGUCCGGGCGGCCAUGACCAACCGGGCGGGGCUGCUGGCCCUCAUGCUGCACCAGACCAUCCAGCACGACCCCCUCACCACCGACCUGCGCUCGCACCGCUGACCCCCCCCGGGAC